AUGUCGACAUCUCAGAAGCAUAAGAAUUUUGUGGCUGAGCCUAUGGGAGAUAAACCAGUCACUGAAUUGGCUGGUAUUGGAGAAACACUAGGUGAACGCUUGAGUAAUGAAGGGUUUGAUAAGGCGUAUGUUGUGUUGGGGCAGUUUUUGGUUCUGAAAAAGUGCGAAGAAGACUUCAAAGAUUGGCUGCACGAAAUUUGUAAAGCCAACUCAAAACAAGCAAAUGAUUGCUACACAUGUUUAAAAGGAUGGUGCGAGGCUUUCUUAUAA